AUGGCGGCCAGAUUAUCCAUCUCCACCUCCUCCACAGCCUCCGCCAACUUCAAUCGACCGCUGCCGCCCCACCCAAAACCAACCACCUCGCUGGCCGCGCCACCGGCUCUGCUGCUCACCCCCUCCGCCCUAAAAUUUGGCCGGGUUUUGAGGAAAAAACAUAAUCUGACCGUACGUAUGGUGAUGGACAGAGGGGAGUCUAGCGGCGGAGCUCAGCCCGCCGGAAUUCCAGAUCUGGCGGAGGAAAGCGCGGCGGCGCGCGCGGUGGAGAGGGCGGCGAGAAAGAAAUCUGAGAGAACCACUUAUCAGGUUGCGGCGUUCAUGUCGAGCUUCGGAAUCACGUCAAUGGCGGUCCUGGCCGUUUACUACAGAUUCUCCUGGCAAAUGGAGGGUGGAGAAGUUCCUUACGCUGAGAUGUUUGGUACAUUCGCUCUCUCCUUUGGGGCAGCUGUUGGAAUGGAAUACUGGGCAAGAUGGGCACACAAAGCCCUGUGGCACGCUUCAUUAUGGCACAUGCACGAGUCACACCAUAGACCGAGAGAAGGACCUUUCGAGCUGAACGAUGUUUUUGCAAUAAUUAAUGCUGUCCCAGCCAUUGCCCUUCUUUCCUACGGAUUUUUCAAUAAAGGCCUUAUUCCUGGGCUCUGCUUUGGCGCUGGUCUAGGUAUCACGGUCUUCGGCAUGGCCUACAUGUUUGUCCACGAUGGUCUUGUCCACAAGAGAUUCCAAGUGGGCCCCAUCGCCAACGUGCCAUAUUUCAGGAAAGUUGCCGCUGCCCACCAGAUUCACCACUCGGAGAAAUUUAAUGGCGUCCCAUAUGGAUUGUUCUUAGGACCAAAGGAACUUGAAGAAGUAGGUGGGCUAGCAGAGUUAGAUAAAGAAAUUGAUAGAAGAAUGAAAUUGUCCAAAAGUUCGUGA